CUUCCGAUCCGAGCGAGCCGGUUCGUUGGGGUGAUUCCCAUUCAACUCUGGGCGGCAUUCGACAACUUUUGCCACCAGCGAGCUCGAUUGCGUGCCCGCCUUGCCGCCGGAUAAGUUGUAACUUUAGCAAACUUAAGAAGCCGGACCGCAAACCAAGUACGUUUCGCAGGCUGGCUGUCAGUCGCAUGGCACCAGAGAGAGAGGGGGCUGUGGAGCUCUUUGAACGUUGGAAAUGAUGGUUGCUUCAUACACACAGCCACAGCGGAAGGCGUUGAAGUUGAGCUUAGUGUGAACGCAAAAGCAAGAAACAAAAAUCCCCAUCUCGACGCUCGAUGCUGGGUUUACCCGGGCUCAAGAUCAAGUCUCGUGUGCGGUCUGCGGGCAGGACGGGUGGACGGGUUUUGUGGAGCCGCACCGAAACCUUACUGUCAACUUUCGCCAUCCGGCAAGGCGCACGCGAAAUUGUGCGCGAAAGUGACGAGCGAGCGUUAUGAAUAUUCCGAUGAGUUUGGAGCACGGUGCCGACGGCGUGCGGUUGGCUUUCGGCACGUGUCGCUCCCUGCGUCAACGUCUUGGUGUGUAGUGCGACGCAGCCGGAAAUCCGAUCCGGCCACAGUAUGGUCUUGGUCUUGCCAGCGCAGAGUGUUUGCAACCAUCGGCUGAAGAUGACGAGGACCUGCUGGAAUCCGAUCGUGACGAUACUUUGGCUGUGCGCGCUUGCCACCGUCCGGUGCAGUGCGCAAACGUCGAUCGGUGCUAGCGUAGUGCUCGAUCCACAGGAUGUGACGGUGAUUGUGGGCGAGCGGCAGUCGUUCUUUGCCAAGGUGCGGGGCAUGCUGUCGCAGGACGCACGGCUCAACCUGACCACCGACCAUACCGAUCUAGUCGAGAUCUUUCCCACCUCGAUCGUGGUAAGCCCGGGCGACGGAGGUUUCAUCGAUCGGGUGUACGAGAUCGUACUGCUCGGCCUGUCCCCUGGUCAGUUCGAUGUGGAUGCGAACGUGCUACCGACCGGGCUGAUCGAUGAUGCGGCCGCGUUCAUUCGCGUGACGGUCGCCAACUCGCAGCCCAUCAUCUUGAUCUCGAGCGUGAUCGGGUGGAUCUACUUUGCGGCGUGGACCGUCUCCUUCUGGCCCCAGAUGAUCGUCAACUAUCGGCGGCAGAGUGUGGUGGGACUGUCGUUCGACUUCCUCACGCUGAAUCUCGUCGGCCACUCGGUUUACGCCGCGUUCAACUGUGCGCUGUUCUGGAGCGGCUUCAUCGAGCAGGAGUACCUGGACCGUAAUCCGCGCGGUCUCAACCCGGUGCUCGCCAAUGAUGUAGCGUUUUCGAUACACGCCACCAUCGCUACGCUGCUCACGGUGACGCAGUGCUUCAUCUACGAGCGUGGUGAGCAAAAAGUGUCCCGAAUCGCCUGGGGCAUCAUUACCGUGUUCAUCGUCGUCAUCAUCGUGGCGGGUGUGCUGGUCGGUACGGCCACCUUCCACUGGCUGGACUUUUUGUACGUGCUGAGCUACAUAAAGCUUUCGGUGACGCUGAUCAAGUACGUACCGCAGGCGGUACUGAACUUCCGUCGCAAGAGCACCGUUGGCUGGAGCAUAGAGAAUGUGCUGCUGGACUUUACCGGAGGCAUGCUCAGUAUGCUUCAGAUGCUGCUGAACGGUUACAAUUAUGAUGAUUGGGCCUCGAUAUUUGGCGAUCCUACCAAGUUUGGGCUUGGAUUGUUCUCUGUGAUGUUCGACAUUCUGUUUAUGGUGCAGCAUUACGUCCUCUACAGGUAUGAGUGGUUCCGUAGAGUCCUCUGCAGGAUUUGGUACAUGCAUGCAAAUCCACCCCACGCUAGUCCAAGUUACUAUUGCCCCCGUUUAGUUUUUUAUAACUCUAUCGCCCACACUUUGGAAGGACCGAUUGCAUACAAACCAAACAUAACACCCAGCUCUCCAAUGUUACCUCUUUCCAGAACACCGCAAAAACGGAUCGAUCCUAUCGAAUCUAACCUAGAAACAUUGCUCAAACAACCGCAUGCCAUUACCAGCACUGAUACUGAAUAACUUACACGCCCGUAACACGUCAAACACCCUUAAUAAACUGUUACACGGUGACGAGAGAUCGUUCACUCGGAACAACAACAACAACAACUACACCAACAACUACACACACUACUCACCCCGGGGGCAGGAAUGAAACAUAACAAACAGAAAACAAACCACAAACUCAAAUAUACGGUUCGUCGGAUACAGCUAACCUUUUGCUAGAUCAACCUUUUUUUAACAGAUUAACACAAAUGAACUUUUGAUCCUUUUUUUGUUAAUUUAACUGACAUUUCCACUUUCAACAUUGUACAUUGCAGGAAUCGUGCGAAUGAGAAAACGUUACAGGAAGACUCGUCGACAACGACCACCACCGCUAGUAACGGAGGAAGCAAGGACAGUCUGCCGUAAGAAAUGGUUGUGUCCGCGCCACUCAGAGACCGCAUUAGGCAUAAGCAAUCCUAAGAGACUACGAUAAUAAUGUACAUCUAGCUGUAACGCAUUUCCUCACUUGUUUCGCGUGCGCUUCAUCCGCCAUAGGUGAUAGGUUAGCUUUAGUUUCAUUUUUGGUGGCGUACCGUCAUGGUACCGCCAACCUUUGUGGAUGCCAUUUGCGUUUUUGAUUCGUUGGAUUGAUUGUUUUCGUAUUAGAGUUUGACGAAUAAGGAUGAAAAAAUAAAGUAAGAUUUUGUGAAAUGAGAA